CGACGCGCGUGUGUACCAUUGGCGAGAGGAUGCGUGCGCGGGUUCUGUCCGAUCCUCCCGACGGAUAAUUGGUGUGAGAAAAAAAUAUACACAAGUGGAGAUCGGAACUGUAAUAGAAUUUGAAUCCGAAGAUGACCUGACAGCGGGACUUUACAUGCGACGUUGCAGGAAAAAUAUAUGAAAGCGCGAUCAGCAGGAAGCUCGUAACAUGAUACGCCCUUUCCUCGACGAGGAGGAUGCCUGGUGUUACUUGGCGGUCUCGGUUGGCGUCCUGCUGUCGUUCCUCGGCCUCGUCGCCGCCUGCAUCUGCAGCUGCCGACGAAACGAAAACAAGAAUGAAUUUCUCGGACUCGCUGGUAUGGUGAAACUGAAUAAUUCCGAAACAGACGGUUUCAACAGAAUCCCAAUGUCGGAUGUAGCCCAAGUUGUUACACAGGAUGUUGUCACGGACGGUGGAAAAAGGAUCACAAGUGUCAAUAGAAGUCUUCCAGAUAUUCCAAAGGAUAAGGGCAGAGAACACGAGGACACGGUGGAGUCUGUGCCUCAGAUAAUUUACGAGACUAACGAAGCCAUAGGGGACCAUUCGGAACUAUACGCUACAGUUCAAGACGCAGAACAGGAACAAAUAUCCAACAGAGAGGGGCAAGAGGUCAGAGAGCAAGAUCCUCUGGCGCAAGAUAUAUCUCAUCAAUACAAGAGAUUUGCAUCUCCUAUUUCUAACAAUUCUGAACAUCCCUACGCGCAACUUCAAAGUGUUCAGAAGACUGAGGCUAGUCAAAUAAAUAGAAAUAAUGUCAAUCCAGGAACGAGUAUCGAAAAACCGUCGACUUCCUCGGAACAACCGGAAGGCAAUCCCGUUGCUCCGCCGAGAACCCGCCGAUCGUCCUCGUACAAUUCUCUCCUCAACUCCGAAUCGCACUGCGACAUUCAAGCUGCCAAUGCAAUUACCGGCGGUGUGCAGGCCAAUCAGGACUUGCCGUAUAUGACACCGCCUCUACUGAUGCUGUCGCAUCCGCCGCAACCCCAGCACAACUCGCAGCAGCAUUUUAGCGGGGAUUCCCAAGACUCGAAGGGAUACACGAGCAUAAGCGUGAGGGAGCCGUUAGCCAACAUAAUCGCGCAGACCAAAGCGGCCUAUCGACAAAGUCACUCCGCUCGACCGAUCACCGAUCCUCACUACGCUACCGUUUCUGACGAUUCAGACGAAAUGUACGCUGCGAUCGACGAACAGGACAAAGUGUACACCAGCGGUAGCGAGACUUACGCGCAAAUACAACCGAUGACGUCAGAAGUACAAAGACAAACGCAGCACGAACAGACGGUGUUUUGUCAGGGGCUUUCGCGCCCGGAAGAUACGCAUCACGCGCCGCAACCUCCCAGCGUCGACAGCUUGCGUCACGUCGCGCAUGCCCACUCCCGGCAAGCAUCGUCGUCGAGCGCAACUAGUUCCAUUAUCAAUCCCGGAUCUCCCAAGCCCGAGAAACGUCAGGCAAACUCCCCGCUUCCACCGCCACCCGAAGUGACCACAGAGGGUUACGCGUGCGUCGAGAAGAAAACUAAAAAUGACGACAGCAGGUCGAGAUCCUCGCUGUCUGUGGGUAAGUCGCUCGAGGAUAUGUACGCGAAGGUGAUGAAGAAGAAACGGGAAGUGGAGGAGCAGCAACAGCAACAGCAACAGCAGCAGCAGCAGCAGCACAACGAAGUUCUUCAUCCGAGCUCGAACAACGCUCCGUGCUAUCCCGAGGCGAGUGCUUGCAGGAAGCUCAGUCUGGUGGAGAUCAGCCGGGCGUCCUGGUGCAGCCACGAGUCCGUGGAGAUUCAGAAGAAGGAGCUUGAUUUCGCGCAUUACGCCGCCGCGAGCAACAUCGCGAACAAUUACCACGUCAACGACAGCGACAACGUAAGUUCCUCGAGAUUGUCCCGACCGGACGCGGACGGUUACAGACAAUCACGACUGAUCGCCGCCAUCGCGGCCCUGUCGAGCAACUCCGCGGAUAGCAAUCACGAGUACGAAGCCGUCACGAGUUCGAACAACGACAAGAGAAACUCCGCGCGAAGAAGUCCCGCGAAUUCGUCCGAUCCAAAUUACGAGGUGCUGCGACCGCAGUGUUUGCAAGAAAACGAGCACUAUCCGAGCACGUCGUUACAGAACACGAGAAACAGCGCGGAUGUGUAUCUGGUUGCGUACAAACACAGACAGGUGAGCAACGCCAGCAGCGAGGAUCCCGGUUACGAGAAGGUGCGUAUGCGACGUCGAGUUGAACUCGAUCAGGACACGGAUUCCGAACCGAAUUACGAGAGCAUGCCGCACGAUCCGACCGAACCGAACUACGCGUCCGUGUGCAGCAGGCCCGGUGACAGCGACACCGAACCGAAUUACGAAUCCGUCAGCCACAGUGAUCCGAACUACGAGAGUGUCAAGUAUGUAAGUGUCGCGCGAAACGAGGAUCCACCCUACGAGCAAGUGAACAAUUUGUUGUCGUACGCGGACGGUUACGAGAAGGUGAGAGACAAGACAACAAUCAAUUCCGAUUACGAGAAAAUAAACAAUUCGUUGGAACGAACUAGCAAUCGGGGGGACACUGACGAUGAACAAUACGUUCAGGUAUAAUGUUCUGAUUUUUUUUUUUCCGCCGGGACGUUUGGACUUAUUUUUAUCGUCCGGUUCUCUGUAAUAAUCUCUCUCUCUCUCUCUCUCUCUCUAUCUCUAGUUGAUUGAUAUAUCGAGAAGACAGAAUCCGACUUGAUGUUCGAACACUCAACACGGCGCGAUCAAGUUUGUAUCGAUCGUACGAUAUCGAGGAUAAGACUGACAAAGAGGACAGACAGUCGAGGGAGUAAUCGAACGAAAGAGAGUCCGUAUGAUAUUUUUUUAAAAAUUGUUUCUAAAUUCCAACAACUUCCUCGUCGAAAAAAACAAACAUUGUUCGGAAACGACAACAUGGCUCUAGAACGCAUUCCCGUUCGAAUCGAACGAGACGCGUCGAUUUGUCCAACAAGACCAGAAUCCGCCAAGUUCGAGCUUCUUCGUUUCGCACAGUUUGUGUUACACACACUCGCGGCAAUUUCUCUCUCGUUUAUUACGCUUCUUCCCGACGCGAUAUGACAUAUUUGUAAACUUUCUACGUACAACACAUAUAUAUAUAUAUAUAUAGAAGUCUAUUUUAGAGAAUUAUUAUUUAUUGCAAGCGCGUGUAAUUAUUUUUUACGCAAGGUGCUAUGUGUGAACGCUCUAUCGGCCAAACACACACGUGAGGCGCGAAUGAUUUUUGACUUUAAGUUUAAAACACACGCGCGCGCGCGCGUUUUUUUUUCCAAGUGCGUCAUCAAAUCGAACCGCGCGAACGGAGCGCGGAACGAAAUUCAUAAUCAAAUAUGUGCGUGCGUGCGUGCGUGCGUGUGAAAAAGAAAAACAAAAAGCAAUUUGUAUACUAAUGUAACACACUUUAUAAAGCUAAUGUAAUUCCUUUUACAUUGUAAGAGUGAGAACACUGUCGCCUCUCGCGAGAUCCGGCGCGCGUGAUUGGUUUGCAACAAAAACAAUUUCGCAGAUUCUCUCGCGACGAGGAGAGACGACGAACUGAGCGCUUGUAUGUACAUACGCACAUCGACGAAACUUGGCGUCCUCCCAUCGAACGAAAUCCAAACUUGGUGUGUUAUUCGACAAAAACCCUUUUUUGCGGCGAGCCUAAUUCCGAGUUUGCGGAACUCGGUUACUCUUUAGUUCCGAUAAUGGGAAAAAUAAUUAAUCGCGGGAUAAUUUGGAACAAACGGCCUAUCGGAGGACGUGGGCGCGCCAAGAGACGAAGAAGAUACUUUCUUUUUUCUUUUUUUUUUUUUUUUUCUAAUAAGACGCGUUCGCCAAAUACCCACAAACCCUGUACCGUGGAAUCCCUCACAUAUCUGUUGUAAAAAAGAAAAGAAAAAAAAAAAUACAAUAACCGAAACUCCUUUUGGAGUUACUUCGGUCGCCUCUGAUAUUGUCGCGCGCACAAAAACAGCAGAAGAAGAACUCAUAGAUCGUCACUCAUAUUCGCCAUUUUGAUAUAUAAAAGUAUACAUUAAUUGUAUCAACUAACAUUUGUAAAACGAGCGAAACGGCAAAACGUGUAAGCCGACACCCGUCGUUAGACACGACGGCGCCGAUAUAAAUGUCGGACACCACCCCACACACACACACAUUGUGCAAUAUACGUUAUGUCGAAUGCAAAAAAAAUAAAAUCAAUGAAAAUCGAACGCGGCUGAAGUUACUGAAGUUGACCCGCACGUUUGUCUCCCACCUGCGAUUUUUUGUGGAAGGUAAAACGGACACUUACGAUGGAAAUAAAAUUGUUAAACAUUGAACAACAGUUGGACGGUGUUGUCCGUUCUCAAGAUAAAUUUCUAACUUACUGUUUUUUGGGAGAGACACAACCCCCGCCUUGUGUUUUAACGCGAUCAUCAAACUUGCAAGUUCCCGGUUCGAGAUCUGACAAGUAAAGAAGUACGAGUAGAAUUUUAUUUAAAAAAAUGUAUUCUCGUUUACAUCUUAGACGCACCGUUGACCGUUCUCGUGUCUCUCGUGGUCUCUCUCUCUCUCUCUUUCUCUCUUUCUCUUUCUCUCUAUAGGUGUAGGUUAACAAUAAAUAUAAUUGCUACUUACAUGGUAAUUUUACAUUGUUAUACAAUCGCUCAUCUCCGUUAUACAAUCGCUUAUAUACAUAACGCUAUAGUUUUUUUUUUUUUUUUUUUUUACGGAACUAAUAAUUCUCUCUCGUGUCAAAAAUUGUUUUCUAUAUUUCAGGCUCGUUACAUACUUGGUAUUUUUAGUACAUACGUGAUUUUUUAUUUCUUUUUUUUUUUUGCAAUUGAUGGUCGAAUCCGAUCAGACGUUUCGCUCGGGUGUGAUUUACAAAAUUGGACUGGGAAGGAAGAAGGGGGGGGGAAGGCUGAAAAGCGGAACGAACUUCCGAUUAGAGAGUCCUAAGUACGCGUGGCCGUGUGUGUAUAUAUUUAUAUAUAUAUAUAUAUAUAUAUGGGAAAAGCGAACCAUGUGUGAAAACGGAAUCGUCUCGCUCUUGUAAAAUGAUGACACGUUGUCGCGCGCGCACACACACACACACACACACACACGUCGUUCCAAUUCCAAAUGUCGGGCAGAGAAAAGAAAAAAAAGAAAAAAUUACUACGACAAGUACAACAAUCGGUAACGAACGCAAACAAUUUGAAACGCGUUACCACACGCUCUCCCUCGUUGAUUAUCACACGUGUCGCGGUUACAGAGAACGCUCUAUCAUCUCCCUUAUAUUUAUUACACGUUAUCUAAUAUUAUUAUUGUACUCUUCUACGUAAAACUUAUUACACGUGUUUUCUCUCUCUCUCUCUCAAGCUAGAACGUAUAUUCUAUAAAAAUAGAUAACAUUCGGUGUGUAGCAAAAAACCUAUCGAUGAAACUUGCAACCAACAGAGUAUGCACGCAUACACACACACACAUACACAUACACAGCACGUAGAUCAAGACUCACCCGAGACGCUCGUUGCGGAAUGCGAAAUUUGAAGACUGAGGAGAUUGCGCGUUGUUCGUCAAGCUAUAAAAAAACAAACUUCACCGUGUGUUUGAGACACCCGCGCGCGGAAUCAAAACUCCAUCCAGACGUCUAACGGAGACGUUUUGUUCCGUAACUGGGACCAGCACGGAUUGGCAAAAUACACGAGCUUUCUGGUUUUUGUUAUCGUGCGCGUGAAGCAAAUUCACACAUCCACGUACGUGUUUUUCAACAAACUCUCCGAUGAAGAAGUACCUACUAUUAGAUUCUCUCUCUCGGUGCGUCUUCUAUAAAAAUCUAUAUUUAGCAAAAUGCUAGCGACAAAACGUGGUGGGAAAAUACGUUUUAUUUCGUUGUUAAAUUACAUGGUGGCACAAGAUAAUAAAAAUCAUCUCUCUCUCUCUCUCUCUCUCUCUCUCUCUUGCUUUUGAUAUCGUCAGAAUUGCAAUGCAACGAGCGUUUCGCCUUGAAGAGUGGAGUCUUGAAACAUUGGAAGAACUGACAAACAAAAAAAAAAAAAAAAAAAACAAAUUACAAAAGUUGUUGUUUCUUUCUCUAGGUGCAACAGUUAGACAGUUUUAGCUACAACACACUCGUGCUACGCCGUUCCGUGUGUUUGCAACAGCGCGGCACAGACGACAAUACGUGUACCAGUUAACAUUUUAACACUAGAACAACCUGGGAGUUGAGAAUGUCUAGUUUCGUCAAUUUCGAAGAUAAAAAACAUUUAUUUUUAAUUUUUUUCUUUUUUUUUAAUAGCUAAGAGCUCUCAGAACCUUUUUUGAUCUUUUCUUCUCUCGUUGGAAAUAAUCGAAACGUUUAUGCAGUUUAAAUUUAAAGCAAAUUUGCGCGCGCGCGCGCGCGAAACACACUCGUCGUGUUUCGAGUGUUUGAUUGUCCUAGUGUUAACGACGUUGGCCACAAAACCGAAGGUGGCAAACCGAAUGUGUUUAACGAGAGUAAAACUUACUUUUUGUGCGCAAACAAUCGCGGUUCCAAAAGGAACUAGGUACAAAAUUCGUCUCGAGAGUAACAAAAGUACGCUGCGCGAAAGUAGCAAAUCGUAACGCUCGCAAAACAAUCGGCGGUCAAACGAGUCUCUUUGCGUUUUUUUAAUGAGCGCGCGCGCGCGCACAUCGUCGUGUAUGAAAAACUAGACGAUUCCGUGACAAGAAAACAAAAAAAAAAUUUCCGCAAAAAUCGACGGUCUUCAAAAAUUCUCCAAAAAAUCUUCUCCGAGACUAAAAAACACACUCGUACAAACGGGAAGAAGAAGGUUUCGCAAGGCCGAUUUUUCUGACGUUGAAAAAAAAAAAAAAACAAAUAGGAAUUCUCUUCGAAUUUGCGCGAAAAAUUCGGUGACAAAUCAAAAAUCCCCCAACGAUCAACUCAAAUCGCCUGCGUUAUUUUUUUUUUUUCUCGUGAACAAUGGUGCAACAAUGUACACAUUCUCUCUCGAUUAUUCUCUUACGUCUAUAUUUUUUUUACUAUUUAAGGGAUGUGAGACGAUAAAAUACUUUAAAAAAUAUUAAAUUUCGCAAUCGUCGCCCACGUUUAAAAUGGUUAUAUACAUACGACUGCAAUCGUUUGCGAUCGUUGUGAUCUCCGCUGCUUGCUUAUCUACAAACACAAACGAAUGUAAAAUGCAGAUCUUGCGUCUUCUCCGACUCUACACACGCACGCAAUAUACACACAGACACACACACACACGCACACAGAAUGUGUGUUUCGCCUCGUAAAAUACGGGGGUUGCGUUAACGUUUAAUUACUUUGCUCGUCCAAAUAAUAGUAGUUGCCACUCAUCUCUCUUUUGCAUACAGUUUUUUAUUUAUUUUUAUUUUUUUUUUUUACUCGGUAGAAACAUACGUUUCGUAGUUUUUUUUGUCUACUUUUUUAUUCGACUGAGCACAAUUUUCUCUUAAAUCUUUCCGGACGUCCGAAUCGUGUUUUUCCGCGAAAUUAACGACCGGAUCGGAUUUUUAACGACGACGAGUUUGUUUGUUUGUUUGUUUGUUUGUUUUUUUUUUUAAUAUAAUAACGGCUCGAUGAGACAAUUAUAAAACAAAAGACUAGAAUUGCCUGUGGUCCGGGUUGAAGGUGGACGUUCAACCUUCAAUCUGGACCACAGGCUCUCUGGUCCAGAUUUUUUGUUUUAUAAUUGUUUUUUUUUGUUUUUGUUUUUCAGUUUCUAAUUUCUAUAAUACGUUUUAGUCUAAAAUACUAUUUGAACCAUCCGCGAGUUUAUAUAGUAUUUCUUUGGUCUCACUGUGUUAUAUAUAUAUAUGUUAUCAGCUCGUGCGCGACACGAGUUAGAAAUUAAUUAAUUAAAACACCUCGCGAUCGACGCUCACAAUAUAACAAAUUGUUGAGACGAAACUCGUUGACUGCAAAUGUCGCGAAUAAUUAUUUAAAUUCCCGACGAGUAUCUUCGCGUAUAAACGACGUUGUGUAAUUAUAAUAUAUUUUUUUUUGUCCUCCCUUCAAGCACGCGUACGCUUUUACAUUUGUGAGACAACAACGCCGUCAACAGCGUGAGGAGAAAAAACACAAGCGGAGAAACCGGUUUUCGUCUAUAAGAUCGAAAUGUAUUCUAUUCGAUUUGUGCGAUACUGUGUAUUUUUUUUUCUUUUUUUUUUUAAGAAGCGUACAAACAAUCUUUUUUUUUUUUUAGUCUAGGUAUUUCGGGCUUGAAUAAUCUCUCAUCGUGUGUCGAUGCUCUGAGCUAUCUUAAACGACGUUUUUUUUUUUUUUUAUCUACUUUGUGUGUAAUAUCGAUAUCACAAAAUCGGAUUUUUUUAUUUUUCUCUCGUACAUUACAAAGGUCUUGUAUAUAUUUGAACACAGCGGUUCGAUUAAUAUGUAUAAAAUACAUCACGUGUCGCUCGGAAAAAUUGUCGCCCAAUUUCUCUUUGCGCGCGAAAUCGCGUCGCAAAAAAAAAAAAAAGAAAUGGAGAAAAAAAAAGACCACGAAAAUCGCGUCUGAUUUAAAUUCUGUCGUGCGAUAUUAGUCUGGGUGUUGAAGCGAGAUUUUUUUUUUUUUUUUUUUUUUAUUUAAGAUAGUUUAGAAUAUACUGUUUGUUGCCAGCUUUUUCACUCCCGCAUCAUCCUUCAAUCAUCAUCCCGCACUCGCUCGUUCGUUUCACGCAUCCACGCGUGUAUAUGCUAGGCGAAGGAUAGGGGGAAGGUUACAAACCGGUAAAGAGACGAUUCUUCUUCGUGCGAGUCAAAAAUAUAAAAUAACGAGCGCAGCAGAAGUCCGAAGACACUUCUGAUCAAGUGAUGCGCACGUACGUGCUCUCUCUUUCCAACACCAGAUCUUAUUUAAAAGACGAGUGUUUCAGUGACAACUAUUGGACGUUCGUCUCGAAGAAACAAUCGUGCCAAAGUAUUUAUAUAUAUACGCGAAGUUAGGAACUAAUAUACUUGCAAACGCAUCUCAAAACUCUUACUUAAAAAACUUACCGAGAACUGUUCGUGUGUGUUCGAUAUUUACAUAUCUCUAGUAAUUUUGUUUCUCCGACGAACGCUCCGGCCACUGGCCACACGAUCAUCCGAUCAUCGGGAUUUAUCUCCCGGAUUGAGCGCUAAGAUUAACCACCACGUAUGAUUUGUAUGCUUGUCAACGUUUUUUCAUUUGUGUGCACGAAGAAUCACCUCUGCGCGGUCACACCAACCCGUCCCCACCCGUCGCACCCUGUACAUCGAAGUAACACACACUUACUCUAUGAGUUAUCGUAGUUUAGCAGUUUUUUUCACUUAAUUCUAAAUAUGAAAUCUCGCUUGUCUGGUAUAUAUAUACCAGAAAACAAUGCGAACAUCCGAAAGAUCGCGCGUCUUUCGGGUUUUUUGUAUUAUUGCGCGCACCGCGUGUACAUUUUUCUUGUUUUUUUUUUUAUACAGCCGUGUUUAAAACUCUUCGCGUUACAUCGUACCGGCGUUUUGUUUAACAGCGAUGUAACUAUUGCUCAGGAAUACGUAUAGGGUGAAAGUAUAAUGUCGAGAGCCGAUCGGGGGGGG